CGAGACAUUCAGGGUCAUGGUUUCGAGCCCCUUGGGGCCUUCCAGCUUUGAUUCUAUGAAAAGCCCCCUCUCCUUCCGCAGUUAUUCAUCCCAGCAAGAGCUUGCAGUCGGGGACAUCUGAAUUUACUUCAGUCCCCGUGUGAAAGGGGAUAGAAGUCUCCAGCGCUGAUCAGUAAAAAUGACAUUGAAAGUGUAUUGGAAGAAGCAAAAAAAGUGUAAAGUUUUGGCUCUGGUGGUAGUUGCUGAAUACAGAGAAGAUUUUGAAAAAAUUAUUCAACUUUCAGAAAGGUACCCAGGAUUUGUCUUUCCAUGUCUGGGCAUCCAUCCAGUUCAAAGUAGUCCAACGGGAAAUGAUCGCAGUGUUACGUUAAAGAUCUUUGUGCAGGAUCUGGACGAAGCAUUGCCACUCAUAGAACUCUAUAAGGACCGCUUGCUGGCUAUCGGAGAAGUUGGUCUGGAUUUCACUCCCAGAUUUGCAAGCACUGAUGAGCAGAAGGAAGGGCAAAGACAAGUCUUGAUCAAGCAGAUUCAGCUGGCAAAACAACUCGAUUUGCCUUUAAAUGUCCAUUCCCGCUCAGCUGGAAGGCCAACCAUUAACCUCUUAAAGGAACAAGGUGCUGAAAGGGUGCUGCUCCAUGCAUUUGAUGGCAAGCCAUCGGUGGCAAUGGAAGGGGUGAAGGCUGGGUAUUUUUUCUCCAUUCCUCCGUCUAUUAUAAGAAGUGAACAGAAGCAGAAACUUGUGAAACAGUUGCCCCUAGAAAACAUUUGCUUAGAAACUGACUCUCCUGCGCUCGGCCCUGAGAAACAGGUGAGAAAUGAACCAAAGAACGUCUUCAUUGCUGCAGAAUACAUUGCUAAAAUAAAAGGGAUUUUAGUGGAAGAAGUUAUAGGCAUAACAACCCAGAAUGCACAGAAACUGUUUCCCAAACUGAAUAACUUUCUCUGAAUAUAACUAAUGUUCUGCUGUGCCUUAAUAUAUAUGUGUGACCUGGCUUCAAUAUAUUCAUAACUUUACAAUUUUUAAGAUGUUAUGAUGUUCCCUAUUGAUUGUGUCUGUAAAUUGAGCAAAAUAUAGAAUGAUGCUAUGUGCAAACUCUCCUUAAUUUGACAUUGGCAUUUUCCUAAUAAAAGGACCAUAACCAUUGCAUGUUUUAAAAAAUGUAACAUCUUUCGUUUUCUCUGUA